AUGAGCAAUUGCUUUGAAUUACAAAAGAACAAACUCAUCUGGAAUGGCGACUUAAGCGAAUUAAAGUCCUACGUUGCAGAAAAGUUAAACAUAAAUGGUAAAUGGAAAAUAAAAAAAUCACCGUCAGGUGGACGCUGGUUAUUUACUAGCGAUGCUUUGUCUAUAACCUGGUAUUGUAAAAGCAAAACUGUCUUAUUUCAAGGUCCUCGUGGCAGCGAAGUGGCUGACUCUUUGAAGAAAAAUAUCGAUGCAUCGCGAAUUGCAAUAGUGAAAGAUGCCGAGCUAAUCAUUGCUACCCCUGCUGUUUCCGAAAGACGGAAUGAAUCUAUCGAUAAUCAGUGUAGUCUCAGUAUUAACAAUUCUAACUCGAACAUGUUUGACAGAUCUAGUAAUACAACAACAACUAUCAACCGAAGCGACUCGGAUGCUAGCGAAGGAAAAGCAAAUGAGCAAGAAAUGUGUUCACACAAGCAGAACGAAGGCGAUUAUAUAAUGAAUUGCAAAGACUGUAGUAAAUUAUCUGUAGAAGUAGCAGAAAUUAAAUUGGACUUGGCAUUAUUAUUCCUAAAAGUUAAUACUGCUGAAGCUCCCGCUACAUGUGAAUGCAAUCGGCUACGAAACGAAAAUCAGCUAUUGAAACAAGAAAUUAAAUUACUCAAGGAAACACUGCACGGCAUGGAAUUGUCAAAAUCGCCAAUUAACAUUGCUAUCGAUAAUAUGAAUAAUCAACCAACCAUCACUGACAAUGACUUUGUUAUACUAAUUGAUAUAGAAGAAUCUGAAGUUAACGUAAACACUAAUAUGAAUAAUUUACCAUCUGCGACAUACAAAGAGAAACAAUAUAAUACCCGAGGGCCAGUUGUUAAUGACUCUCUUAUGAAAUAUAGAAAUCCCAAUAAACCA